UUGGUUGACAGUGUAUUACAUCCAUGGUUGACAGCAGUAACAUUUGAAAUCGACAGAAUUUGCUGUUCAUCUUGACAGUGCCAGAGAAUAAAGACACAAAGAUGGAGAUAAUAUACGCUGUCCGUUUUUUUGUCAAAUCAAUGCUGUUUCUGCUGCUGUGGUCAAACUGUGAAGGAAGAGAAUCGGAGCUCAACCAUGUUACCUGCGGCUCACUGGUCAAACUGCUCAACACAAGACAUAACGUCCGCCUGCAUUCCCACGAUGUCAAAUAUGGCUCAGGCAGUGGACAGCAGUCUGUAACUGGAGUGGAGAAUGCAGAUGAUGCCAAUAGUUAUUGGCAGAUUCGUGGGAAGCCCAACCGUCCGUGUCAACGCGGGGUGCCCAUCAAGUGUGGUCAGGCCAUACGCAUCACACACAUGAAGACUGGUCGAAACCUCCACACACACCACUUCAGCUCACCGCUGUCUAAUAACCAGGAAGUCAGCGCCUUUGGAGAGAAUGGCGAGGGUGACGACCUGGACGUGUGGACAGUGCAGUGUGACAGCAUCCACUGGGAGCGCGAUGAGGCUGUGCGCUUCAAACACGUUGGCACUGAUGUCUUCCUGAGCAUAACAGGCGAGCAGUACGGCCACCCCAUUCGCAGCCAGCGAGAGGUGCAUGGCAUGACCACUCCUAACCAGCACAACUGGUGGCGCUCCAUGGAGGGUGUCUUCCUCCAGCCCAGCCAGGUGCCGCUGCGCCACGAUGAGCUCUGACAUCAUCACUUAGAGGCGCAAAGCAUGUUGAUUCCUGUUCAUAUGGAGGUUUCACAAGUCUCCUGGACCAAAUUAUGUCAUGUGUGAAUAAUGUAGAAUAUUUGACUGAUAACUCAUCUUUUUACAUGUGAAGAACUCAGGCACCAAAGACAAGGGCGACAAUGUUAUUUUUGAAUAAAAUCAGUGAUACUCUCUGUAGUGUAGCCACAUAGAUUAUUUAUCAGUGUCCUCGUUGCAGAAUUUCUUCAGGGACAAAAUGCUUUUUGUAAAAAAAAAGUCAAGCCAUAACAUUAACCAUUUAUCAUACUUUUCAUUAAAAGAAAAGCAAUGAAUUAGAAAAAUUGGGUCACCUGUAAAAGUCAAUUAUCAAACAUAAUACCAAACAUUGCUUGUGCUUGUUUCAAUAUUGUUGGUUUGAAAGAAUAAGCUGUUCGUGUGACAUCUUCCAAUUGUGAAGGGAAGUCAGCUUGAUCUUUCUUUCAUCUGCGGUUUCCUUGGAAAACCAUUGCAUUUUAGGUGGUCAACCUUUGCCUUUAAGCUUCUGCAGAAGAGCUUGGGAGGAACAUUUGGAAACACCGCCUUGUAAUUUCUGCCUGUGAGAGACCCUCCCUGAGACACCUUUUGUCUUGUUGCUAAGAUGAUCCCCCUGGUGUAAGAAUUUUUAGAUUAAACUGUCUUCAGCAAU